AUGGCAUCCUCCGCCCUCAUCCACCACGCUGCCCGCCCGCGGGCGUGGGUGUGUCGCCAGUGCCUGCUUCGGCAGGCUGGCCCGCGCGUGCCUGUGCGCCCCAUCAGCCAGGGUCACAUCCGGAAGACCGUCGAGGCCGAAUGGCAAUGGAAGGAACAGGCCAAAGAGAUCCAAGCCGGGCGCAAGCAGAGUUUCCUGAGCAUGCUUGAGGAGCGCGGCUUCGUCCAGCAAAUUGCUGGCACCCGCAAUGUCCUCGACGCAGUUAUGACCAAUAAGCGCAUCGGCGCCUACUGCGGUGUUGACCCAACUGCUGCCUCGUUACACGUCGGCCAUAUGCUCCCCUUCAUGGUUAUCUUCUGGAUGUACUUGCACGGCUUCCCCGCCUACACCGUCCUUGGUGGUGGCACCUCAAAGAUUGGGGACCCAACUGGCCGCACAACCGCCCGUGAGAAUCAACACUCGUCCAUUCGCAAGGCCAACAUGGGCAAGAUGCAUAUUCAACUCAAGAAGCUGUGGGUCGGUGUCGAGCGCAUGGGCCGUAAGCAUGGCUACGUGCGCGAAUGGGCAUGGAGAAGGGCGUUGGUGAACAACUCCGAAUGGUUGCAGAAGAUCGAUAUUGUCGAGUUUCUGAGAGUCAUCGGCACUGGUUUCAGACUGGGUCCCAUGUUGUCCCGCGAUACUGUCAAGUUACGUCAGAAAAGUGGCGAUGGCAUGUCCUUUGCCGAGUUCUCCUAUCCCGUCAUCCAAGCCUGGGACUUCUGGCACCUGUUCCACCGCAACGGCGUUCAGCUGCAGGUCGGCGGCCAAGAUCAGUUCGGCAACAUUGUUGCCGGCAUUGACGCCGUAAAUCAUAUCAGAUCCACCAUUGCCGAUCCUGCCGUCGUGGACAAAGUUAUCGAGCGGAAGAAACCAUCCCAGGACUACCUGAAAGCUCCUUACGGCCUCACAGUCCCACUUCUCACAUCCUCAUCUGGUGCAAAGUUUGGAAAAAGCGCCGGAAACGCCAUCUGGCUCGACCCGGAAAUGACUUCCAGCUUUGACUUGUAUGCCUUCUGGAUCAGAACUUCCGACGCCGACGUUGAGCGCUAUCUAAAAUUCUUCACCUUUUUGCCUCUUUCUACGAUCACCAAAGUCGUCGAAGAACACAAGCUUGAUCCAGGAAAGCGCGUUGCCCAACACCUCCUUGCCCGCGAGUUCGUCGAGCUAGUCCACGGUCCCCAUGCCGCCGAAGCGACAGCCCAGCAACACCAGAGUCUUUUCGGCAAACCGCCCCAGCCCACAGAAGUGCCACAAGAGACCUCCGCUGCUCCCGAUGCGGAUGCUCCUGAGGGCAAGGAGCUUCGAGCAACCGACAAGAGGACCUUUAUCAACCCAGGCAGCGGCAAUCCAAUGGCCCCUCAAGCGAACGCGUUCAACUCCCCGGAUAUCAGGACUUACCUGCCCAAGUCGGCAGUCUACAACACCGACUUUUCCAAGGUUCUUUACGCUACUGGUAUGUGCGCGUCCAGGUCCGAAGCCAUGCGCCUCGUCAGCAAUCAGGGUGCUUAUGUUGCCGGCAAGCCCGGCCAGAUCGGACAGCUGGGUGACUCGCUAAAGUGGACCCCCAUCAAGCACUCUCAGAUGGGCGUUCCUGAGAGAUUCAUCUUUGACGAAAAUCAGAUGAUGAUCCGGAUUGGCAAAUGGAAGAUCAAGGCCAUCACUGUUAUUCCGGAUGAGGAGUUCAUUGCGAAGGGCCUUACUUGUCCGGGAUGGGAUCCUGAGAAGGCAAAGGAAUUGGAAAAGAACAACGAAAAGAAGUCUGAGGAGGAGCAAAAUGAGGAGUCUGGAAAGGCGUGA